GGCAAGAGGGUUUAAGGGGGAUAGUCUUAAGGGGAUGCUUCAUUGUGACAAUCUGAGCUUGCGAUGGUUUCCCUGUCGACGUGGUUUCGGUACAUAGCACACAAGUUUGAAUACUCUGUCUCUCUCAGUUGGAAGAGCUAUAAAAUAGGUCAAAUAACUGACAAAGAUAUAGGAGACACCAUCUGGAAAAAUUUAUUUCAGGGCAAGUUAACAUACUUGCAUUGGAAUAAGGGAGAAGAGAUGGCCCCAACAAUAGGAAGGCAAGGGGGUACUCUUCUUGUUCGGAAACUACCAACCACAGAUCCAACGCGUGUUUUUGUUGGAGAUGUGGUUGUCUUGAAGGACCUAGAAAAUCCUGAUAAUUAUAUGAUUAGAAGGUUGGCUGCUGUGGAAGGAUAUGAGAUGGUGUCUACUGAAGAGAAAGAUGAGCCUUUUGUUCUUGAAAAGGAUGAGUGUUGGGUACUUUCUGACAAUGAAGCUUUGAAGCCCAAGGAAGCCAAGGACAGUCGGGCAUUUGGCCCUGUUCCUAUGACAAACAUUGUUGGUAGAGUCAUAUAUGCUAUGCGAACAGCUGUUGAUCACGGCCCUGUACAAAACAGUCAUUUCAGUAUGCGAAAGGAUUCACCAGUGUUGGAAGUUGAAUUGGAUGUUGAUGAGAUGGCUAAGAAUGCGAGAUGAUAGACCUGUUCUUGGAUUCAGAAAAUAGAAGAAUGUCAUGAACAAACUCACUUGGUUUGUAUGUAUUUAUCCCUAACCAUUUCAUUCAAUGGAGAUUUGUUCAAUGUGCCUGCUGCCGUAGAGGUCGGAAGUUAAUAAAAGUGGGAAGGAGCUUUCUACUCAAUGUGGGGGUAUGGAGGAAUGCAUAAUUAUGUUAUCCUUGAUAACUUAAUUGGCAAUUGGGGAAACAAUUCUUUCUUUCUUAGCUUUCUGUUUUCUUUUCAUUUUGGUAUGUUUAAGAAUUUUGACCCAACUUGUAAUGAAUUUUUCUCUCCAA